AUACCAGCGUGCACACAGACACACACACACGGGCACAUUUGCUCUCACACAUGCUUAAAUAUUCAAAUUCAUAUGCAAAUGCAAUAAAAUUUGAAUUAAAAAUCAUCACGUUACUGCUACGAAACAGACGAAACCACUGGCCUAGAAGAAAGCCGAUGAUCGAAAUUCGAUGAUCGACUGUAUUAAUUAUAAAUAGGCAUCCCUUGGGGAGGAAGCAAUAAGAUUUAGCCUGGCUUGGCACGAGCGCGCCGUUACUCACUUCCUCCUUCUCUUCCUAUACUCCGUUGAUGUCUCCUGUCACUCGUUCAAACUGAAUUCAACUUAAUUGGCGUGGAAGUUUUCACAGCAGGUCUAUAUACAUAAAUACAAUAGCCUACUAAAUUGGUACCACCAACUGACAAAUUCAAGUGAAAAUGCUAUCUGCGUCGUUAUUUAGAAAAACAAAACUACAUAACGGCGCGGAUUUUUUUCCUCCCUCUUUUUUCAUUUUCCCAGGUACACGCCCUUUGAUGUGUCCAAAAACAGUUGGGGAAAAAAAACUGAAUCAUGAAAGAAAUUCCUCAUGUCGGUCUCGUUAGACAAGUUCGUUAACUGAUGUCUUUUCAGUGGGGGGUGAAAGAAGGGAGAGAAAAAAGAUAGCAUAUGGAUACCAGUGCCAAACAGAGCAGUAACGUACUCCAAUUCUGGUCAUAAUUUUUUGGGGUGAAGGAACAGGGAGGAUGAGCAUCGAGUCAGCCAUUAAGACGUUUGUGAUGGCCUUCCUGAAGGCUAGCAAAGGAAGGGAGAACAUGCAGGAGAAGGACUUCCAGAAGCUAGUGACGAAUCAGCUGAAAAACAUCAUGGCGGAAACGGACAGCGCCUCGGCCGUGGACGAGAUCCGCGAGGGCCUGCCCGACAAGCAGGGGGCCAAGCAAGUCGGCUUCAAGGAGUUCAUGGACGUGAUUGGAUGCGUGGCCACGAAGCUGAGCGAGAAGCAGCCGGUCUCAGAGGAGCCUCCCGCCGAGAGUCCGGAAGCCCUAUAGAGUCUCUUCUGCACCGCGUGCUCUCACACUACACACGGCUAUGACUCCUGCACAGAAACGUCCGUAGGACUGCUGGCUAUCCUGCACUAUCCCGCCAUUGAUUUAUCUAAUCCUACUGUUGGCCUCACUCCAAAUAUUAGUCUCACAUUUCACGCUACAGUAGAUGCUGUACUAUUUCCACAUUACACAUGCUGUACUAUUUGCUGUACUAACUGACACAUUAACACACUGACAGCGUGCGUACAUUUUCAUUAGACUGUAGUGCUGUAGGCUACGCUACAUAGAACGCGCUGUCAAAUAUCUGGCAUCAUUUUCACCCUACUACAGUAACAUAUUGAGCUAAGCUUAAGUGUUGGUUAGUCUUUACUAAACAGUCUUUACUAUGUACCACUGCGUAGAACAGAGUAGUGUGCUUGCGGGAGGGGGUGUGUGUGGAGGUUGGGGGAGGGGGGGGAGGGGUGGGUUUAUGGAGACCUUUCAAUUAGCAAAGGAUUAAGAUUGACUGAGAAUAUCAGGUGUGUGACGUCCCAGGAACACAAUGGGCCAAAGUCAAUAAUUAAGACCUUUGAGGGAACCAACACCACCGUGGCCUGCAGCUACGGGGCAGUGUGAGAAGGAUGAGCCCUGCUGUAAUCGCAAUGCUCAUCUCAGAGUUAAAAUGCAUCUUUUCACUGUUGCCUCAAAGACUACAGAGCACCCCCUCACUCUCACAGCGAUGGGCUCUGUUGCAAACACUCCGCAAUAGCGUGUCCACUUCAUCCGGCGACGUAACGAAACGCUGCGCUGUGGUCUAUGCCCAGUUGCCACCAUUACCAUAAACCUGUAUGCAUUUGCAACUGGGCAAAUGUGGCAACCGGUGUCCUGCUUGGUCCCACUGUGGUUGGGUAGUUUGCAUGUGUGCCCUGUUGUACCCCACUGUGGUUGGGUAGUUUGCAUGUGUGCCCUGUUGUACCCCACUGUGGUUGGGUAGUUUGCAUGUGUGCCCUGUUGUACCCCACUGUGGUUGGGUAGUUUGCAUGUGUGCCCUGUUGUACCCCACUGUGGUUUGGUAGUUUAUAUAUGUGUGCCCCAAUGAUUUUUCAUCCACAUCUAAGCCACUAUGGCUGGACUAUUGACUGUCUGAUAUUGAGACCACUGCUCUAGCCCUCACCCCGGCUAACUUGCUUUCUGCAGUGGUGCCUUAGCCAGGCCAGCGCAGCUACUCUGUCCAUUGUUACGCAUGAGGUCAACGAGCUCUUCCACUGCUAAUGCCACACUUUGUAUUCCCCUGUGCAUUCCCGCCUGCAUGUCAUUGCGCCAAGUAAUAAAAGACAAUGUGACACACG